CUGCUGAGACAGGCACGCUGCUCCACACUCUGUGGAUUCCACAAUGACAGCUCUCAGACUGGUUUCUCUCUUCCUCUGUGUCUUGUAUCUCACUGAAGCAGCUUUCUCUGUGUCCAGUAGCAAAUGUUGCACGCAACUUGGGGAAAGGAUUUCAAAGAAUGUGUUAAAUAAAGUGAUCGACCAUAAGAUUCAGAGACGUGAUGGCAUUUGUGACCUCCAAGCUUUUGUGUUCUACACAAAAGAAAGGACUUUCUGUAUGAGCACUAAGAGUAAGCGUGCCAGGGCAUGGAUUGUAAAACAAAAGAAAAAAGAUGUCAGAAGACCGAACAAGUUAAAUGGUUCUCAGAAAAAGAAUCGAAGAAGAAACAGGAGAAGAAAAAUUAAAAAGAACAAACAUAACUAA